AAACAACGAGAAACCAGAAGACUACCGUGGAAACUUCCAACCCAUUCUCCGUGCUACCUGACGAAUGUGAGUGUUCUACUGGGAAUGCCACAACGAGCACCAAGGAAGCACUGGCAGACGUGAGUGAGACAUCCCUAGAAACCCCAACGAAGACCAUCGAGAACGUCUUGACGAAUUCCACAAGUGGUGUAAUGCAACCUGACGAAUGUGAGUCGACUACUGGGAGCAUCACUACGGACAACGCCAAGGAAGGUGAUACUGUGAGCACAAGAAUGACACUUAUCAACUUGUAAUAAUAUAAAAGUUAAUGUGCCAGAAAUACUGCAGCUAUACAGUUCCAGCAGUGUGACACAUAAUGUACACUACAGUGUCAGAAUUACUACCUGCUGAGUCUUAAUACAAGUAUUUUAAAGCCCACCUUGUUACAUGCAAACCUUCAUCAACCUCUAUAUGUUCCUUCACUACACAUCCUCUAAAUAUUUUUGUGUAAAAAUGUUCACACUUCACACUAGUUAAUUUAUUUCACUGUAAUAAUGCAUGUGUGUUAACCAUAUGUGUAGCAUUAAAGGUCACCAAAUUUGUAAGAAAAUGUGUAUAUUAAAAUAAUGUACUGAUUGAUUUAUUUAAAAUUGUUAUCAUUAAACAGCCUUAAUGAAACUCGUUUUGGAAACUGGUACUAGCAGUGUACUAGUAAUAUAAAGUGCUAUCAGUAUGCUAGUAAUAUAAUGUACUAGCAGUAUACUAGUACCUUUCACUUGUACUCUCCAAAACAUUUGUUAUUCUCAUUAAAAUUUGCUGAAGUAUCUCACCCACUCUCUCAUUUGCUCUCCUUUUACAUUAUUUCACCAGUUGUUACAACUGGACAAAGUACCAACAGUGUACUAGUAACCUCUCACUUGUAUUACUAGUUACAUCCAGACAAAGUACCAACAGUGUUCUAGUAACAUCUCACUUGUAUUACUAGUUACAUUCAGACAAAGUACCAACAGUGUACUAGUAACCUCUCUGUAUACUACCGACUGUUACAAAAUAAACACUAGGAAGGGAGUCAACACAGACUGAACACACUAGACAAGAACUUCAUUACUUUCAUACCAACAAACAAGUGUAACACAAUGUUCAUAAUAUGAAAUUUAAUGAAGCAUCUAGAUCUUAAAAAAAAGUUACAGAUUAUUGCAGCCUUUUUUAAUGUGCCUUAAUAAAGUUAUUACAUUGACAUUUAGAAUUUAAAUUAUAGUGUAUAAAUAUGAAAAUGAGUAGACUUUGAGUUAAGGAGUAGGCUAAUAGCAUGCUUAUCAGCAGUCUUAAUAGCUGUGGUUACUGCAUUAUCAUCCUGUAUUACUGUAUUACCUCUAAGUUAGCUCUUGGAAUUAUCUGUUUAUAAAUACAGCAUCAGAUCUAGGCUCAUGCUGCACUCUCCAGUAUUAAAUCUAGCAUUUUUUAAUAUCUAGGUGGCAUAGCACCUAGAUAUUCCACUUUUCUAUCACUCUUUGCUAGGAUAUCUUUCUAGUAUUUGUUCAGCUUUUUUUUUUUUUUUUAGGUUAUAGCUGUGGCAUCUGUUUCUUAGUUUUAAUGGUGAUGAGAAAAUUUUCCUAAUCAAUUAUUUUGUAUCUUUUUACAAUCUUAUUGUGAUUAUCAUGACUUCUCUCUCCCUGCUAUCAGCCAAAGAUAGCAUGUCUAAUUCUUUCAGUUUUUCUUAACAUACUGUUAUUAAACUCUCAAUCAUUUUGUAACUCGUUCUUAAACAUUUUUCUUUUUUGUUUACAUUCGUUUUUUUAAGUUUGCAGCAUAGCACUGAUCCAUGUUAUAUAUUUUUAAUGCAAUAUUUCUUCAAGAGAAACUUUUCACUUUUUUAAGCAUCAAGCAUAAUGAGUUAUUUUCCAUUAGCCAGCCUGUUUUUGCUUUGAAAUCUCAGGAAAUUUUUUUGAAAGAGAUUAUUAGGCUUGUUUUAUGUGGUUUCAUUGCCUCUUUCUUAUUUACAUCAAGUAUUAGAAUCUCUACCUUCUCAGAUAUCGGCUGCUUGGGGUUUAAAUCUACGUCAAAGUUAGUCUUCCUCUUAUUAGAUGGGUUUGUCUUCGUCCUUAAUUUUAUGUAUUGUCUUGUUAAUACUUUAUAUGAUUUUACAAACUGAUUAAAAAAUUUGGUGCAUUCUUCUCAUUUUGGUGUUUCUUGAUAUUCGUUCCAUAUCCAAUAUGCAGCGCUAAAUCAGACUUAUGGUAUUUUUAGUAUAUUUAUAAUAUUGUAAAAUAAACUUGAGUGUUUGCACACAAAAGAAACCACUGUAUAACAUAGAGUAUCAAAAAGCUUAUUAGAAAAAUGACAGCUAAACCCCCACUUCAGAGUUUACCCUAGAGAUAAAGACUAUCGGUGUUCAGUGUGGCUAGCAGCCAUUUCAAAAAUAUUAGGUUAAAACACCCACUUGAGAGUACAUUCUGGAGAAAAUAUCAAUGUUCAGAGUGAAGUCGUUUUCAAAAAAUUCUUAUCGAAUAAGACAUUGGGAUUUCAUACAUUUUCACCACAUUCAUUUUCAGGGUGUCUAAAGGCCUUAUAAGAAAAAAUGAAUCUAAAACUUUUCAGGAUUCAUUCAGGAGAAACAUCUUAUCAGUGUUCAGUGUGUCUAAAAACCUUUACAGAAAUAUCUAUUCUAAAUAAACACCAGAAAACUCAUACAGGAAAUAACACAUGUCAGUGUUCAGUGUGUUUUAAAUCCUUUUCAAAAAAGUCUAAAUUGCAAUCCCACUUGAGAGUUCAUACAGGAGAGAAACCUUAUCAAUGUUCAGAAUGUUUAAAGGCUUUUACAGAAAAAGCUAAUCUCAUUAAACACCAGAGAGUUCAUACAGGAGAGAAACCAUAUCACUGUUCACAGUGUCUAAAGACCUUUACAGAAAAAUCUAAUCUAAUUAAACACCAGAGAGUUCAUACAGGAGAGAAACCAUAUCAUUGUUCAGAGUGUGUAAAGACUUUUUCACAAAAAUCAGGUUUAUUGAAACACCAGAGAGUUCAUGCAGGGAAGAAACCUCACCAGUGUUCAGAAUGUCUAAAGGCCUUUACAGAAAAAGCUAGUCUAAUUAAACACCAGAGAGUUCAUACAGGAGAAAAACCAUAUCAUUGUUCAGAGUGUCUAAAGACCUUUACAGAAAACACAAGUUUAAUAAAUCACCUCAGAGUUCAUACAGGAGAGAAACCAUAUCAUUGUUCAGAGUGUUUAAAAGCCUUUACAGAUAAAACAGGUCUGAGAAACCACAUCAGAGUUCAUACAGAGGAGAAACCUUAUCAGUGUUCAGAGUGUUUAAAGGCCUUUAAAGAAAAAGCUAGUCUAAGGAAACAUCAAAAAAUUCAUUCUGGAAAGAAACCAUAUCAGUGUUCACUGUGUCUGAAGUCCUUUUCAGACAAUGCUAAAUUAAAAUCCCACUUGAGAGUUCAUACAGGAGAGAAACCUUAUCAGUGUUCAGAGUGUCUAAAGGCCUUCACAGAAAAAAUAAGUCUAAUAAACCAUCUCAGAGUUCAUACAGGAGAGAAGCCAUAUCAGUGUUCAGAGUGUCUAAAGGCCUUUACACAAAAAUCAAGUUUACUGAAACACCAGAGAGUUCAUACAGGGGAGAAACCUUAUCAGUGUUCAGAGUGUUUAAAGGCUUUUACAGAAAAAUCUAGUCUAAAGAAACAUCAAAAGAUUCAUACUGGAAAGAAACCAUGUCAGUGUUAAGUGCGUCUAAAGUCCUUUUCAGAUAACUCUAAAUUAAAAUCUCAUUUGGGAGGUCAUACAAAAGAAAAACCUUAUUAGUGUUCAGAAUAUCUAAAGGCCUUUCCACAAAAAUUGAGUCUUCUAAGGCACCUGAGAGUUCAUACAGGAGAGAAACUUCAUGUUGGUAAUGAGUGUGUCUAAAAUUCUUUUCAGGACAAAACUUCAUUUAACAUCCGCUUGAGAGUUCAUAUGCUCCACCUUCUUUAUAUUACUUCUGCUUUGUAAAAACUCUCAGGCUAGCACUGCAUUCUUUAAUCUAUCUCAUACCUCUUAGGCCACCUACUCAUUAUCUAUACUCUCACUAGCCCAUCUCUCUCCCAACAGUUCCUUAUAUCUUAUCCUAAUUUCCUCUUCCUUUAAUUUAUAAACUUUCGCUUCUCUCUUACCGAUGACACUCUUCUUGUUCCCCCAUCUACUUAUUCUCGUUGUAGCUAUGACUAAAUAAUCUGAUAUAUUUGUUGCCCCUCUGUAAACAUGUGCAUCUAGAAGUCUAUCCAUAACUCUUUUAUCUAUUAAUACAGAGUCUAACAAACUGCUGUCAUGAUGCCUUAUAUCAUAUCUUGUGUAUUUAUUCUCAUUUUCUUAAAAUAUGCAUUACCAAACCUCUUACAAUUAAUGCCCCUAUUAUCAUUUCCCCCCAGCACCCCAGACUUACUUGCUUCACCCUCUGCAACAGUUUCUCCCUCUAGCAUUUAGGUCCCCCACAACAAUUACUUUUUCACUUGAUUGAAAACUCUCUAAACACUUGCUUAGUAUCUCCUAAAAUCCUCUCCUUUCCAGGUGCAUAAACAUGUAGUAUAACCCAGUUUUCACAUACUACCCUUAUUUUAAUCCAUUUAAUCCUUGAAUUUAUACAUUUAUAUUCCCUUUUCUCCUGUCAUAACUGAUUAUUCAGCAUUAACACUACUACUUCCUUAGUACUAACUCUCUCAUACACCUGACCUAAUCCCUUUUAUUUCUCCCCAUUUAAACUCUCUUGCCUCCUUCAGCCAUGUUUUGCUUAGGAUAUUGAACUUCAUUUCAUUCAUAGCAUUCAUAACCAUCUUUUUCUUAUCAUCUGUACUACAUUCAUGCACAUUCAGAUAAUCCCCUUCUUUGAGGAAGGGGGGCUCCUUGAUGUGGUGAAGAGGCUCUUGAUCUUAGGUCUUCUUCCUCCAAUCAAACCUAAUUACCCCACCCCCCAGUCUCCUCCUUCCCUACCCCAUCCCUCCUUUUCCCCAUCCCUCCUCCUUUCCCCAGCCAAAGGAGGUAUGCUUUGUGGUGGGUUUCUGACCACCAUCUCUUUUGUCCACCGAGGUAGCUCAGUGGAUCUAAGAUUGCUAUCCUGGACUGCCGGUUUACUGGCAUGAAAGGUAGGGUAUGGCAUGGGUUCCAUGCGACAUCUGCACUACUGGCUGCACUGAAGUCCUCUGGGGAAAGGGUGGGAUUUGUGGCCUUUUCAUUCCUCCUAGGGGCUACCCCUCCACAUUUGUCCCUCCCACUUUUUUUUUUAGCUUUAUUGCUUUUUUACUUUUGGGGGGAAAACAAAAGACAAGUGACCUAACCAUGGACUCCCAUGUCCAUGAUACUUCUCCUCUCGGACCCCUUUCUGAUGUGGCACCCUCUUUCAACUUUGCCUCUUUAUCGGACCUUUCUAACAUUUUGUAAUCUACCCCAAUAUUCUCUUUCUCUAACUAUAACUUCUCUAACCUAUCUUUCAUAUUAAUACUAUUUCAUUUAUUAUCUGUGACUUAUGCUUACUGUGUUUUGUUGUAAUUUGUCUUCAGCCUGUAGUCUACCCUAGUUUUAUACCUAUUUUACUAUAUUAGUUAUGAAACUGUUUUCGUGUCUUUUUUUAUUUUCCAGUCUCUUACUUUAUUCAUGCUAACCCAUGAUUUCUUGUAUUAUUUGUCUGUACUUUUUAUACGUAUAUGUAAUUUGUCUGAAUAUCUCCAUUCUUUUGUAUCUGAUGAUGUGUUAAGUUUUAUUGUGUGUUCACUUUACCUUAGUAAGAUCUCUUUUUUGUGUGUUAAUAUGAUAGUUUUUAAUUUUUAUAAGUGAAUUAUUUUUGAUACAUUAUUUUUAUCAUAAGGAAUGAAUGUGUACUGUGGACCCUCAGUUAACGACGUCAUUGUAUAACGUAAAAAUCAGAUAACAACACGCUUUUGCGUCAAAAUAUUGCCUCAGUUAACAACAAAGAACUCGGUUAAAGUCAUUCGUCCCGAAUGUUAGUUUAAUUUAAUAUGUUUAUUAUGCACCCCAUACCCAUCCUGUGGGCGGUAGUCAAAAGAUUACAGAGGUACAUAAUUGGUCCAGGGACUGGACUCCAAAGUUUUGAUAGCUGAGCAAGUUACAGAGGUAAUGAACUCACAAUUUACAAAGGUAAUGAACUCACAAUUUACAAAGGUAAUGAACUCACAAUUUACAAAGGUAAUGAACUCCAGGUAGGUCUGGUCACAAUCAUGACAAGUUACAAAGGUAUUUACA